AUGCUCGAAGCAGUUGCGUCACAAGGUCUUUGGAUAUGGCAUGCAUUUUUUGGUGUUCCAAGAUCCAAUAAUGAUCUCAACGUGUUAAAUCAAUCCCCAAUAUUCACUGAUAUCUUACAAGGGCAAGCUCCGAGAGUUAAGUUUACGAUAAAUAGCACACAAUACAACAAGGGGUACUAUCUAGCAGAUGAUAUCUAUCCAGAGUGGGGCACAUUUGUUAAAACUAUCCCAUUGCCUCAAGGAGAGAAAAGAAAAUUAUUUGCCCGAUGCCAAGAAGCGGUACGCAAAGAUGUUGAGCGAGCAUUCGGAGUACUUCAAUCUCGUUUUGCUAUUGUACGAGGACCAACACGUUUUUGGCAAAGAGAUGUUCUCAAAGAUAUUAUGUAUGCAUGCAUCAUAUUGCACAACAUUAUUGUCGAUGAUGAAAGAGAUGCAUAUGAGAGUUUGCUUGAUUUUAAUUAUGAUGACGGCCCCACCGACACCCUAAUGGUUGAAGUAUUGCAUGGACCUAUUUCUGACUUCCCGACAAUGCUUCAAAGAAAUGCUGAAAUUCGUGAUAGAAACAUUUAUCGCAAUCUUCAGGCGGACUUGGUAUAG